AGUUGCUACUAGCCACAUGUGAAUAUUGAGCAGUAUGAAUUUUUUUAGGUUUAAAUAGUCACAUGUUGCUAGUGACUAUCAUUGGACAGUGCAGAUAUAGAAUAUUCCCAUCAUUAUAGAAGUUCUCUCUAGAAGACAUGUUUCAGCUGUCACUUAAGGAUGUUUAUGUUCACCCUUUGUGUGCUUAUUAUGAAAAGGAUCGGAGCACUAGUUAAAAUGGGUUGGAAACCACACAGAAUCUUGCUGUGGUGCAUUUCAGCAGUGCUGCUGAACAAAGUCGCAGAACUUUUAUUCCAAACUGCCCAAAAUGCAGGGAUCAAUUUUGAUACUGUCUGUGGAGUACCUUAUACAGCUUUACCAUUGGCUACAGUUAUCUGUUCAACUAACCAAAUUCCAAUGCUCAUUAGAAGAAAAGAAACAAAAGAUUACGGUACUAAACGUCUUGUAGAAGGGGCUAUUAAUCCAGGAGAAAACUGUUUGAUCAUUGAAGAUGUCGUUACCAGCGGAUCCAGUGUUUUGGAAACUGUCGAGGUUCUUCAGAAGGAGGGCUUGAAGGUCACAGACGUCAUAGUGCUGCUGGACAGAGAGCAAGGAGGCAAGGAUAAGCUGCAGGCACAUGGGCUUCGUCUCCACUCAGUGUGUACAUUGUCCAAAGUGCUGGAGAUUCUUGAGCAACAGAAAAAAAUUGAUGCUGAGAUGGUUGAGAGAGUGAAGAAAUUUAUUCAGGAGAAUGUUUUUGUGGCCGCUGAUCAUAAUGGUUCUCUCCCAUCUGUAAAGAAAGCACCCAAAGAACUCAGCUUCGGUGCACGUGCCCAGCUGCCCGGGAUUCAUCCAGUUGCAUCAAAGCUUCUCAGGCUUAUGCAGAAGAAGGAGACCAAUCUGUGUCUGUCGGCUGACGUUUCAGAAUCCAGAGAGCUGUUGCAGCUAGCAGAUGCUUUAGGACCCAGCAUCUGCAUGCUCAAGACUCAUGUAGAUAUUUUGAAUGACUUUACUCUGGACGUGAUGAAGGAGUUAACAAGUCUGGCAAAACACCAUGAGUUUUUAAUAUUUGAAGACCGGAAAUUUGCAGACAUAGGAAACACAGUAAAAAAGCAGUAUGAAGGUGGUGUCUUUAAAAUAGCUUCCUGGGCAGAUGUAGUAAAUGCUCACGUGGUGCCAGGCUCGGGAGUUGUGAAAGGCCUGCAAGAAGUUGGCCUGCCUCUGCAGCGGGGGUGCCUGCUCAUUGCUGAAAUGAGCUCCGCUGGCUCCUUGGCCACUGGGGACUACACUAAAGCAGCGGUUAGAAUGGCUGAGGAACAUUCUGAAUUUGUGUUUGGUUUUAUUUCUGGCUCCCGAGUAAGCAUGAAACCAGAAUUUCUUCACUUAACUCCAGGAGUUCAGUUGGAAGCAAGACGUGAUAAUCUCGGCCAACAGUACAAUAGCCCACAAGAAGUUAUUGGCAAACGAGGUUCUGAUAUCAUCAUUGUAGGCCGGGGCAUAAUAGCAUCAGCCAAUCGUCUGGAAGCAGCAGAGAUGUACAGAAAAGCUGCCUGGGAAGCCUAUUUGAGUAGACUUGGCAUCUGAGUCUCAGAUACUUUUUGUGAAGGCCUUGAAGACCCACUGUCUCCUGAGAUGCAUUGGCUGGAUAACAAGCAGCCUUUUAUACCGCCUCGAUUCCUCUGUGGGUCUUGUGUUGGAGUGACUCCUAGAGUUAUCAUACUUAGGAUAUCCUGAACAGCUGUAACCACUGCAUUAGUUUUCAAGCAUUCUUUAGUGGGACUGAUUUUGGCAAAGCAGUCACAGUCCUGUUUGUGGUCAAGUCUUCCACAUUUGAGGAUUCCUUCAACCCCCAUCUCUAGUCAGGCUUUUUGAUUCUUUUCAUUGCUGUGGCACAAAAACUUUAGGACAUUAAGAGUACAGCAUUUAGGACAUCGAAGUACAUACAACAUGUCUUGUGUCCUUUAUUCUGUGUCUAAUGUGAUGCCCAAACAAUAUUAAAAUAUUAGUUCUUCUCUUAAAAGUGAUAGUCCAGGUUCCAAAUGGUGCUGGUUCUCAGAACUGCUGUUAUUCACUCACCAAAGGGAGCAAGAUGGGGAAGUGGAAAGCUGACCACAGCCUGGCCCCGGGACCAAUACCUGGCUUUCAUUUCAGCAAAUGGAUUCUGACUCUCUUCUCCGGCAGCAGUGUGGUGCGGACCUGGGCUGAAAUCCAGGCACAGCUUCCUUUUGCCUUACUUGGAUUACCAAUGGACAAGCUGCUCCUUCAUUUAUGUAAAAAGACAGCAGCAUCAGGAGGUCUAAGGUUCCAUUUGGCGGUUUGCUUCAGGAUCCUACAUAAUUGUCCCAACUGUGGUUGACAGAGAGGGAGGUCAGACUUCACUAGAAAUAAGG